AAAAUUUGCAUAUAAGCGGUCUUUGUCUAUUUUUUUGGACGAUCGUCUUGUUCUCGACUGCUUACUUAAUAAUGGAAAAGGCUACAUUCGCAGCAGGUUGCUUUUGGGGUGUUGAGCAUUGCUUUAACAAGCACUACCGUCAGCUUGGUAUACAAACCAAAGUUGGUUAUUCUGGAGGAGCAACAGAAAAGCCAUUAUACCCUGAGGUUAAGAAAGACAUCACUGGCCAUGCUGAAUCUAUCGAAAUUAUCUUCGACCCAUCCAAAGUUGGCUACGCUGAACUGGUAGAAUUCUUUUAUAAGAUGCACGACCCUACGACUUUGAACUACCAGGGCCCUGAUGUUGGCUCCCAGUAUCGAUCCGUCAUAUUUUAUCACUCGGAAGAGCAAAAGGAGAUCGCUGAGAAAGUAACUGAGGCGGUCCAGAAUGCUCACUACCAAGAACAAAAAAUUGUCACAUUGAUUGUGCCUGCUGUUCAAUUCUGGGAUGCUGAAGAAUACCACCAACUUUACUUGGAAAAGAAUCCUGAAGGUUAUGAAUGCCCAACCCAUUUCUUGAGAUGGUAGAUAUUUAGAAGCAAAUAAACGAUUGUAUAUACACUAUA